AUGGCGACCGCGGAAGGUGCGAAGAUUACCAAAGACACAACAUUGAGUUCUACGACAUUAUUUGUCCGAAACUUGCCUUUUUCAUUUGAUAACAAAGAAUUAGAAAAUGUGUUCAGUGAAGUGGGGCCCGUGAAAAGAUGUUUUGUUGUGAAAGAUAAAGCUAACCCAAAUAAAUGCCGAGGCUUUGGUUACGUUACCUUUGCUCUGAAGGAAGAUGCUUUGCAAGCACAGGAGAAGGUCCGUCAAAUCAAUGGCAGAAAAUUGUUUAUCACGUUCUCGAAUAAGAAACCAAGACACGUUGAAAGAGGACCUCCAAAAAUCAAACAAAAUGACGCGGUCGAAGGAGAAACCACUGAAGACCACGAAGAAACACAUAAGAAUGUUCCAACAGAACCCGAUCCUUCCCAGGAGAUUGACAAGCCAAAACACAAACCUAAAUCGAAGCGAAGUUCAGCGUUGAACGACGACGGUCGCACCGUUGUUAUAACCGGAUUUCCCUCGACUUUCAACAUAAAACAACUGAAAAAAGCCUGUAAACGAAACGGGGAGGUAGAGAGGUUUAUUUAUCCCGCCGACUCUGAUUCAAAAACGACCGCUCAUGCCGUUUACAAGUCUCACAAAGAUGCAAGAAAAGCUGUGAGUAUCUUGAACGGUAAAACAGUGAAGGGCGAAGUCUUGAACGCUGUUUUAAGGUCCAAACAGGAAAAAACCUUCUCGCAGAAAACACUGAAAAAAAGCCGUUUAAUUGUAAGGAAUUUACCAUUCAAAUGCAGCCAGGAGUUGCUGGCGGACGAGUUCUCAAAAUUCGGAGAGAUUUCAGAAAUCGUAUUGCCUACCAAAAUUGUCGGGAAAAAGAAGAAAAAAUUGGGAUUUGCGUUUGUGCAGUUCAAAAACGUCUUCGAUGCUGGGAAAGCGUUGCAAGGCAUGAACAAGAAAGAAAUAAAAGGAAGACCGAUCGCGGUUGAUUGGACAUUGCCGAAAAAGAAAUACGAGUUACUGAAAGUUAGCGAAGAGAAAGAUGAUGUAAAGGAAAUGAAAGAUGAUGUCAUGUCAGGAGAAUCUAGCGAUGAUGAUGGUACUGGUGGUAAUAAGGAUAGUGGUGAUGAAAAUGGUACUGAUGGUGACGAUCAUGGUACUGAUGGUGACGAUGAUGGUACUGAUGCUGAUGACAGUGGUACUGAUGCUGAUGACAGUGGUACUGAUGGUGACGAUGAUGGUACCGAUGGUGAUGAUGAUGGUACUGAUGGUGAUGAUGAUGGUACUGAUAGUGAUGAUAAUGGUACUUCUGGUGAAAGUACUGAUAACGAUGACGAAGGUGCCAUCGUUAAAAAACGAAAGCUUCGUGAUGCAAGGGAGGGUAAAACUAUCUUCAUUCGUAACCUACCAUUUGAUGCAAACGAGGAAGAGAUCUGUGGCUUGUUCGAAGAGUUGGGUGAGAUCGCUUAUUGCAAGAUUGUCGUGGAUUCCGUGACUGACCACAGCAGAGGUUGUGCUUUCGUAAAGUUUGAGAAAAAACAAAGCGCUGAAGAAUGUCUGGAAAAAUAUGGCGAAGAAAAUGAAGUUAGCGAGGAACUGAUCCUGCGCAAACGGCCACUGAGCGUGACCCUCGCAGUGACUAAAGGAAAAGUGUCGCAAUUAUUGGCCGACAAAGACGCUACGAAGAAAGGCCCUCGCGACAAACGAAAUCUUUACCUUGCCAAGGAGGGGGUCAUUACACCUGGAACCGAGGCCGCUGUUGGUUUGUCGAAAAGCGACCUGCAAAAACGACAAAAAGCUCUGGAAGAAAAGAAUGCCAAGCUUAAGAUUCCACAUUAUAUUGUUUCAAAAACAAGAUUAUGUUUUCGUAACCUCCCAUUACAUAUCGAUAACAAAAAGCUCUCCGAAGUGCUACGAACUGUCUGCGAAGGCAAACCGAAGACGGUCCAAAAAGUACAAAUCAUGCGAAACAUGGACAGGCUUGAUAGUUCAGGCGUGGGCAGGUCAAAAGGUUUUGGAUUUGUUGAAUUUUUGAGCCACCAGGCCGCCCUGGACGUACUGCGUGCGACCAACAAUAACCCGGAGAUCUUUGGCCCCGACCGACGACCAAUUGUGGAGUUUGCCAUCGAAAAUAGUUUGAUUCUAAAACGGUUGGAGCUUCGAAAAACUAAAAACGCGAAAAAAAUUGGCCCACGAGAAACAAGUAGAGGACAAGACACGGAACAAAACAAACGAAAACACGAAAUUGAGGAGAAUGGAAAACGAAAACGAGUUAAGAAGAAUGCAACAAACGUUGACAGUUCUAAUGCGAAUUCUAACAAGCAAUUAGAACAAAAUAGAAAUGCGUUUAAAGGUGAUAGUUUUAAGAAUAAACCAGGGAGAAACAAGGCAAAGAGUAAAGUUCUGGGAAGUGAAACAAAGAAACACUUUGCCUCGCGUGAGAGAAAUGAAAACAGGAAUGCAAGAGUUGAUUAUGAUGGAGUUGGUUCGAGCGUGAAGAAACAGAAACGUAGAGGAAAAAAUGAUCAAGAUGAGGUAAAGUUUAAUCAAAUUGUUGAAAAAUACAAGACAAAAUUAUUUGGGAAGAAUAUUAAACAGUUGAAAGAUUCACGGUGGUUUGAUGCUUGAUUUGUUGAACUCAUGUGCUGAUAAUGUACCCUAGGGAGUCAAGCCUGGCCCAAGUUUUUCGUAGCCUAAAUAAAUGUGCCUGGAUGGCUGGGCCUGGAUCAUUAGUUCUAAAGGGUCAUUCAUAUAUAGCUAAUUCCAUUAAGGUCCUCCUCUGAACUCUACGACCGAAAAGCACAAUGGGUUGGUAUAAACGCUGUUUAAAUCGUCACUAUUUGGUCAUGACAUUUUGCAUUUACCAAGUAAGGUCAUGAAGAGUGUUGCUAAAAAUACCACUAGCGAAAAAUUACAUAAAAAUUUAUUUGUAGAGGUGUGCUUUUCGGUCGUAGAGGUUGAGGAUUUGCAGUUGUGGGUUUGACCUUUAGAGGACAACCUUGAUUGAAUUAGCUGUAUUUGCCUGUAAAUAGUCCUAGAGCUAGAUAUGAUACAUAUUUAAUAUCUAGCACUUUCACUCUGGCUAUUAACAAAACAAUAAA